AUGCAGCAGCUUUUGAAGCUCGCCAAUGAGGCCGAUAUCGAUGCCCUUGCGAACGUCAUGGAGGACUUUGUCGAGGUCUUCGCCACAGAGCUGACGCCCUUUGCUGUGGCUCUCAGCGAGCAGCUUAGGGACACGUACCUGAGGAUAGUUCGUGAGGUCCUCGACAAGAACCGCAACGAGGGCGGCGAUGACGAUUUUGGCGACUAUCUUGAUGAGAAGUCCAUCACCGCGCUGGGUGUGCUGCAGACCAUUGGCACUCUCAUCCUGACGCUGGAGAGUACCCCCGACGUUUUGCUUCACAUUGAGGCCAUCCUGAUGCCCGUCAUUCAGGUCACCCUCGAGAACAAGCUCUACGACCUUUAUAACGAGAUUUUCGAGAUCAUCGACAGCUGCACCUUUGCUGCCAAGUCCAUCUCGCCGACAAUGUGGCAGGCUUUUGAGCUCAUCCAUGCGACCUUCAAGGCUGGCGCUGAGCUUUAUCUUGAGGACAUGCUGCCUGCCCUCGACAACUUUGUCCAGCGCUGUUUUCCAUGA